AUGGGCACUCGCAAGCUUCUGGAAGCUGCAAUGAACAAGGAUGAAAACAUGGUGCGAAUUCUGCUAUCCACUGACAUUGACAAGGGCCAUUUGGUGAGCACUCGCGAUUGCCAUGGUUUUACUCCAUUGCAUUACGCUGCCAGGCAUGGUGCCAUUGGCAUUCUGGAGAACCUCAUCGAUGCAGGUGCCGACGUCAUGGCCGUGGACCAAGAGGGCCUAUCGCCCCUAUACCAUUCGGUGAUGAUGCAGCACCUGGAAGCCAGUCGCAAGCUCUUAGAACAGAUGUCCAAGCGGCCCAAGCAGGAUCUACGGACUCCCGCCCUUCAGAAAACCAUGCAGAGCAUCUGGGGAGCCAUUCACUUCUCCGAGAGGCUCCGUGGACUGAAGGUGAACGCCUGCGAGCUGGCGAAGAGAGCCUUCACAACGCCAGCCAGGCACGUGUUUGGCCUUGCCGCCUCCGGUGACGUGCUGGCCAUGAAGGCGGCACGCGAGACCUUAGACGAGGAGUACUUGGGAUUGGGGUGGUUUCAAACCACCACCGAUGUGGCCACCGGCAUGCGGAUGCUAAUGCUGGACUGGGCCAUCGCCAGCGGUUCGGCAGCCAUGGCGACUUUGGUCCGUGAGCUUGGAAACAGCGUCAGCCGAUUUGGUGAUGACCUCUCGAUGUAUUCCAAGAAGGAAGAAGUCCAGUCGCUAGUCUCCAGAGGGCAGAAGGGCAGAUUCAGGGCGUACCAUGCAGUGCGACCCAUCCUGCCCCAAGAGAUGGCGGAGUAUCUCUGCCUAGCGUGCGAGCACCAACGUUUGGACAUGGCGUACGCCAUUUGGACGAUGGCCAGCGGAGACCUCAAAGAGGUGCUAAACGCAGAGCAAAAGGCCUCCCUGGCCGAGCUCGGGGGAGACGCGGCGGCCACCGGCCACAUCGAGUUCGUACGCCUGCUCAUCGAAGCCGAGGUGCCCCUGGACCAUGAGUCCAAGAGGAACGGGAAGAAGAUGAUCCGCCGAGCCGCGGACAACGGACAGGUGCAGGUGAUCCGACACUUGGCCGCCGCAGGCGCGUCGGUGGAAGGCAGCGAUCUCGGUGCGGCGGCGUCGAAGGGACAUCUCCAAGCGAUGAAAGCGCUGAUCGAGGCCAAAGCUGAUCCGAACGACAGGUAUGGCAGCGCCGCAUCAGACUGCCCCGCGGGCCGGGCUGCGAUGAGCAACCAGUCCGAAGCCUUGCAGUUGCUUCGGUCGCGCGGGGUGAAUAUCGGCACGAAGGAGCUAAUCGCCUUGGCCAAGGAGAAGCAGAGCAGGGAAUGCCUGGCAGUGAUGGAAGAGCAUCGGGCCGAAACAGCGACCUGA